GAGGCGACAGCAGAGUCUCAGCUCAGUCAGGACUCGUCAUGACCUCGUGUGACUCCUGAGAUGAAGGCAGAGGUGAGUCUGAGGCUCCAUCACAGUCGUUUUCUUCAUCAUCUGUUUUGUGUCCACAUGAGGAGGAUGAAGAUGAUGAACUCGUCUGCUGUGUCUCACUUCACUCUGUCUGCCUACAUGGACACUGGACCCUGGAGAUAUUUCUUCUUCCUGAUUGUUCUGUGUUUGUACGUGUUGAUCGUUCUUUCCAACGUGUUGCUGGUUGUGGUGAUCUGUGUGAACAGAAGUCUUCAUGAACCCAUGUACCUGUUUCUGUGCAGCCUGUUUGUUAAUGAACUGUAUGGUAGUACAGGCUUGUUCCCCUUCCUGCUGCUUCACAUCCUGUGGGACUCUCACACCGUCGCCGCUCCGCUCUGCUUCCUGCAGGUUUUCUGUCUGUACUCGUACGCUUGUGUGGAAUUUUUUAACUUAGCCGUAAUGUCCUACGACAGAUACCUGGCGAUCUGCUGCCCUCUGCAGUAUAACACACACAUGACACAAAGUAAGAUCACAGUGCUCAUUGCUCUAAUAUGGUUCUAUGCUUCUGUUGUAUGUCUUGUUCCAAUAUCUCUAACUGCCUCUUUACAGCUGUGUGGAAACAUCUUAAACAAAGUUUACUGUGAUAAUUAUUACAUGGUCAAACUCUCCUGUUCUGACACGUCUGUCCACAACAUCUACGGACUUGUUGUCACAACUUUUACCAUCUCAUGUCCUGUAUCUCUGAUAUUUUUCUCCUACCUGAGGAUUUUAAAAGUCUGUUUCUCAGGCUCCAGUCACACGAGACAAAGAGCCGUCGCCACCUGUUCACCUCACCUGGCGUCGCUGCUCAACUUCUCCUUCGGAGCUUUCUUUGAGAUACUGCAGAGCAGGUUCGACAUGAACAACGUCCCCAAUCUGUUGAGAAUAUUCUUAUCGUUGUACUGGCUCAUGUCUCAGCCGCUCUUCAGCCCGUUGAUGUACGGACUCAACAUGUCGAGGAUCCGGGUUAUUUGUAAAAAUCGGAUCCUUGCUCGAUCAUAGAAUGAACCUUUCAUUUAAAUCUGCUGUUAUGAAUAAAUAUGAUCCACAAACAAACAAACGGACGGACGGACCUGGUGAAAUCUUAUUCUCCUGGUCGGAGAUCAUGUCUUCAGUGAAGAUCAGUUCUAUUAUUGAUGAUGAUAAACAGCAGCUUUGUUUCAUAUUAAAACAUCUUCAAUAUCUUUGUUCAUCAGCAGGUUCCUGUGUUUGUUUGAACCUAAUCAACAGUUUAUUACGUCUCACAUUCUUCUCUCUUUCUUCUCCUUCUGCUCUGAACUCGUGACGUCUUCUGAUUCACACCAGAAUCAAACAGACGCUUUUUUAAAUGAAUCAGAUUUUUGAUAGAUUGAUCAAAUGUCUGACGCUUUUCAUUCAAUCCACAACUUUUCCUGUAUUUUCCAAGCAAACAAUUGUGUGUUUCCUCAGGAUGAUUCUAUGUUUUAAUGUUAUGAAUCAUAAUGUCACAUGAAUCUGUAGUUUCAUAUCAGAGUUGCAGUCACUUGAAUCCUUCACAUCGAACUUGACUUUAAAACCUUCUGACAAAUAUUUACACUUUUCCUCUGAACACGUCAAAUCUCACUUCUCAAUUCAUUAUAUGAUGAUAUUUUCAAUCAGAUCUCACUGUUCAAACACUGUUGCAUCAUUCAACGAGAAGCAGCGACGUGAACGAUUCAUUAUCUCUAAUUAGUGACUCUCGUGUUUGUUUGGUUUCUGCAGCAACUUCAGCUGGAAACAAAACAUAAUCAUACAGAUUUAUUAUCAUCAUUAAGCAGCGAAUCCUCCUGAGUCCAUGUGUCCGCAGCCUCAGGCCUCCAGGUGCAGCUGAGGAGGACGAGGAGGACGAUGAAGACGAGCUCCACUGGGGCUCAUUACUGCGACAUGAUGACAUCACUGUGUCUCUGACCACUGAGAUGAAAUGUGAAACAUUCAUGAAGA